UUGAAUAUCGGUAUUUAAUUAAUUAUUGUUUUUUUAUACAUUGAAGUUGAUUUUAUAUUUGAAGAUUUGAAUUUCCUACUAUCUAAUUUCACCAGAUCAACUGUAAAGAAGUUACUGUUUUGGCAUUAUUUGGUAUUUUGUUGUUGUGACUACAUCUGUAUUAGACAUCUUCUACAUCACUUGUUUGUCCCAACUUUAAUAAUGGCUUCAACAGUUAAUCCUAUCUCAGAAUUGCAAGUUACUUAUGAAGAUCAAAGUAAAAUCAAUCGUUUUGCCUCACACAAUUCCAAAUUGGAAGAGAUCAAAGACGAACUCAUUAACAAGGAAAAGGAGCUCAAAAACAUAGAGGAGUCUAUCAGUGAAAUGGAUUUGUAUGCUGCUUUAGAUGAUGAAGGUUUCCAAAUUAUGGAAGGUGAAAUAUUUGUUCAUUUUACGGCGGAAGAAGCAUUGGAUUGGGUAACCAAAAAGAAAGAAGAAUUAAGUCGAGAAGUUUCUUCCAUGAAAGAAGAAGUAGAUCACCUCAGGGAAGAAAUGAAUACUCUGAAAACCGAAUUAUAUGCAAAAUUCGGUCGCAAUAACAUUAAUUUAGAGGCUGAUGAUUAAAACUGUCAAAACUGGGACGGGCCUGGAAAUUUAACUAAAUCUGUAUGCUUUAAAUUGAAACUAACAGAACUACUCCAAUUGUAUUGCAAUUUCCUCAUUUUUCUCUCCCAACCAAAUUUGUUAAUAAAAUUCAUACUCUCAUUUGUAUAUUGCAAUUGAGCAACUUUUUACUUUGA